CACAUUAGUUUGACAUGAAAGAACCCCCUAAAGCUCUGACCCUGUCGCUCUAGAAAGGGUUAAUAAUAUUUAGCUGGUGACAUUUGACAUAGUGGCCAAAACCGGAAAUGGAGAAGAAGAAAAAAAAACACACACACACACACACACACGCACACACACACAACGGAUGACGAUCGACUUGACUCCACCUCAUGAUACCAUUUAGCAACAGAUGAGCGACGCUUCAUGCUCAUUUCGUGCAGCCAGAGUCAAGCGCUGCCAUCGCCGGUGUGUCCUCCUGACAGGAAUACCCCCCUCCACCCUCCCCGAGUGUGUGAUGUUUGUCGGGGUCGCUUUGCGCCCCACCUCUCCUCUACCUUAGCCGGGCAGGCUGGCUGGCUGGCUGGCUGGUUUCCUCAUCCAACCCCGAGCGUGUGUUACUGCUGGAAGGCGAGAGUUUUUCUCUCCCCCCUUCUUCCCCCUCCCUUCUCUCCUCGCUAUGGAUGUGCUGUGGAUGUUGCCGCUGCUGCUGAUUCCGCUCCUGAUGUGGACCAGCAGCACGUUUGUUUUCUAUUUCAAAAAGUGCUUUUACGUGGCCUACAUGAUGUGCCUGGCGCUGGUCGCGAUCCCCCUGUGCAUACUGAAGAGCGGGGGCAGAGACGUUGAAAACAUGAGGAUCAUCCGCUCCUUGGUUCGUCAUGUCAAGUAUUUCCUGGGUCUUCGUUUCGAAGUGAGCGGCUUGGAGCAUCUGCAAACAGAGGGUCCUUACGUCAUCAUCUCCAACCACCAGAGCUCCCUGGAUGUUUUAGGUUUGAUGGAGAUUUUACCAGACCGCUGCACCAUGAUAGCCAAGAAGGAGCUGGUCUACGCUGGCACGGUGGGUCUCACCUGCUGGCUGGGGGGCAUCGUCUUCAUCAACCGCAAGAAGACGAGCGAUGCCAAGAGCGUCAUGGCGGACGCUGCCAAAACCAUGUUGGACGACCAGAUUCGUCUGUGGGUGUUCCCAGAGGGAACGCGUAACCAGAACGGCGACCUGCUGCCCUUCAAGAAAGGUGCUUUCCACCUGGCACUGCAGGCACAAGCCCCCAUCAUACCCAUCGUCUUCUCCUCCUACAGGAACUUCUACCUACGGAAAGAAAAGCAGUUCAACUCGGGGACCAUCACGUUGAAGGUCCUCCCGAAGAUCGAGACGAAGGGGAUGACGUCGGACGACGUGGGGACCCUGUCCGACAAGUCCUACAACGUGAUGCGCUCGGCCUUCCUGGAGAUCUCCAACUCCGUAACCCAUAGCAACGGGCCCGUAAAGCACUGAACAGUCACCAACACCCCAACCCCUUCCCCCUCCCUUCCCCACCACCACCACCACCACCACCCCCCCUGCCUCUUUUCUCCGCCCCAUCCGAGACCCAUUCUUCCACCACACACUUUUUUUGCGCCGCGCCACCCGCCGCCCACAGGUUUCGUCCCGUUACCUGGACAGGACACGACAUGACACCGGCCUCUCGUCAUGAAACCUCUUCGUCGCCUGACCAUACAGCACAGUCAGUCCUGACCCUCACUGUGUCUGCAGCAGCACCGGCGAGCAGCAGCAGCAGCAGCAGCAGCAGCAGCUCUGCGCGCCGUGAGCGGAGUGACGGACGGCGAGCCCAGCAGUAUGGAUGUGCGUCGUUCACUCAUGCAUGCCUUUUUUGGAUGGCUCUGUCCACCAUUCAUCUUUGCUUUGGAACGCCUGGCUUUGUUAUUAUCUAUACUUUAUAACCGUCUUUUUUUUUUUGGUACUUUCUUCUGCCUUUUUUUUUUUUUUUUUUUUUAAAUUUUAUUUUCAGUCUGCCUUCUGUUUGGCUUCUCUCUUCAUAAAUGUCAGUGGAUAUUUAUGUUUUCCUCUCGUGCUGCCUUGGUUUCGGUGGAUGCUUGCACACACACACACACACACACGAACAGAAAAGUACCCCAUCUCCUUCCUUCCUUCCUUCCUGCCUUCCUUCGCUUUUAGUGCGUUCUCCCCUUUCUGCAUUCCAGUCUGUUGCCUAAAGACAAACAGAGCGGGGUCUCCACGAGCGCGUGGAGGUGAGAGGUCGACGCCGGUCGUCCACUGACUCCUCCGGCUCCGUCGCUGCGAACACGACUCUAUAUCCACGUUGGCUCCUCGACCCGGUGACCGAUAGCUCCACGACGUGCUCCAUGAUGUCAGAAAGCCGGGAACGCGAGGGUAGACGAUGUAACAAUAGCGCCCAUCUGUACCGAGUUAACGGACUUCAGCGAGCAGAUUUCAGUGUCGUGUGUUGUUGGUGUAUCUUCGUGCUUUCUUUCAGUUUCCAAAAACAAACAAACAAACAAAAAAAAAAACUGAGCAGCAAGUGUCUUCUCGCUUAUAUUUAUUUUCACAUCAUCAUUAUUAUUUCAUUUUUUAUUUUUUUUUUCGGAAAGAAGCUAUUCAACAUGUGUCAAAAAAAAAAAAAAAAAGGUGACUUCAUGAAGUGCAAUGUCCAACUGUUUCCAAGUGCGAGCCGCCUGCUGUGCCAUGUGCUUUUUCUUUCCUUUCUUUUUAUUAUUAUCUCGCUGUGACGUUCUUGUUAAUGAGUCAUCCGCCGCUUGACUACUACCAAUGACAGGAAACGGUUCUUGCUGUGAGGACGAGGGUAAAAAACGUGUGAAUAACUGUGAAAUUAUAUGUUUUUUUUUUUUGUUUUUUUUUACUUAAUCUGAUUUUAUACGCUCCGAUUAUCCUGGAUGAUUCACCAACAGCCCUGACGAAUCUACAUGUCAAGAAGAGUUCAGCGACGGUGCACGACAGGCCGAAGGUUUGGAAGCAACAUCCAAUCUGUGCAUUAGUUUGAGAGUAACUUAUCAGAAGACACUUUUACUUAUUUUAAUUGUCGGGUAUUUGAGUUUUUUCUGCUCAGACUUUGCUUCCUUUAAAGUCACCGAGGGAUAUUUGUAGACGGACUCAAAAGCCAAAGAGUUAAAGUGAACAAUACAAACUGUGAUUUCCUUUUAAAUUUUUAUGUUAUUUUUUUACUUUUAAACUGAAGUUGUGACUCGUGCAAAUCUUCUCGCCCCUAAAACUAAGCCUUUUCUUGUCUUUUGGUAACAUGUUUGUUCACCUAAAGGUAAACGGAGGAAAAAUGGUUCAUAUCAACAAAAGCAAAGUCUGAUCGUGCAGUAAAAAUAUCCUAAAAUACGUAGGACUCAUGCUGGUUUUUAAGAAAGGGAACAGAAACUAGAAGUUGCUUCCAAACUUUUGGUCUGUAGCGUACUUGUUGAAUUGACUGAUUUUAUUUUAUUAUAUAUAUUUUUAAGUUGUGAGUUAUUACCCCGUAGAAGGAUUAUCUAAAAUGUUUUUUGGCCUUAAGUUUGAUCGGUGGUUGUCGUUGCACUUUGGAAGGUUUACUAAUGUUUUGUUUUACAUAUAUACUGACAAUAACGGCUAACCACGUAGAACUGACUGAACUUAUUAUUAUUAUUAUUUUUACAUCCAGGUCUGAGGUUUUCGCUUUACUCUGUAGAAUCACUGACUUUUUCCCCCCAUCUGAGAAUGUAUUUCAGCGUUUUGUUACUAAUAUUUUCUCUCUUUAGUAAAAAAACAAACAAAACGGGAGGUUGUCCCACUUUCUUAACUGAAGAAAUGUAUUUAUUUGAGCGUAAACUGGCCCUGUUUAAAAAAAGAAAAAGAAGAAGAAGCUCUGAUUGCCAAUAAAUAACGUCCUCUAAGCUCUAUUGGAAUAUUUGAUCAGCUACUGCUGUUUCAGAACCAUGAACAGCUCCUCUGUUUUUUUUUUAUUUUUAUAAUUUUUUUGUGUGUUUAUCCUAAUUUGGGACUAGAAAGCUGAAAAGCCUCUUACAUCAGUUAUUGAUUCAUCUCCGCGCUGACGUUUGAACAUUAAAGCUCAGAAUAUAUCAUUUAACCCUGAAAACACAAACGAACGCGUUAAUGUCGACAAGAAAAAUGUAACAAAGGUUGAACGGAGGCGCCUCAUUAGUCAGAAGCUCCUCGUGCUCAUGACAGAACUACACACAGCCUGCUCACGUUCAUGGAUUUCAUUUGUUAAUUGUUGCCACAAGGGUAAAAUGUCCACAUUUUCUUUUACGUCUGUUCCCGCAGUUAUCCAGAGUGGUUGUUGUUUUUCUGAAUGAAUGAAGCAAGAGGACAUCGGUUGAGUCGUGGGUGGGGGACAAGCACUUAGAAUAAAGAGGUCGCGGCCGAUGUGUUUUCUGUGCGUUGGCACCUGAAUUCAAACGUAGAAGAAUGAAGAUGCCAGGUGUGAACAGGGUCCUAGGAUGACGCACAUCUCGUGUGAACUGACUUGAUCUGUACGUUUGCACUGAGCCUGUGCGCUGCUGUACGGUCGGUUUCCUGCUUUAGAAACAUGUGAAAGUCAGGAGGACUAUACGCCCCGAUUACUAGUACUACUUCUAAUUAUAUUAAUAAUAAUGAUAAUGAUAAUGACUGAUCUAAUUAUGUAUUUUUUUUUUCUUAGUUUAAAUAUAUUUAUUGUCUGUAAAAGCAGAUUUUUACCUUUUGCAGCAAGCGGUUCGAAUGUUUAAAAUAAAAUUUAAAAAAAAUCUACCAUAUUGGUUUCUUCCAAAAGUAAUAAUAAUAAAUUUAGUUACUGGAAUGUUUGAUCCGUUAACUCCUGCUCUUUUUUUCUUUCUUUUUUUUUCUUUUUUUUUUUUGUAAUCCAAAUGUGUGAUUUAUAAGCUCCAAACAGGCUUUUGCUACUUUUUUUCCCUUCUUCUUUUGUUGUUGACUCCCCAAGUCUUCUCGACCUUAUUAAAAGCACUUUUUCAUGCUGAGUUAAGGCGAAGGGGGGAGGGGGCGAAAAAAAAAAGAUAAAAUAAAUAAUUUUUCUUCUGAUUUUCACCAAAGCUAUUAAAGUGUCAUUUAGAUAAAUGUGAGGAGCAGAGAGCUGACGUCCUGCUGAGCCUCGUGUGUGUCGGCGAGUGUGUGGUCCUUUUACUGUACGAGUGUGUGUGUGUGUGUGUGUGUGUGAGAGAGAGAGAGAGAGUAUACGCACACAUGGUCCAGACGCCCGAUCUAGCAUCUGAUCUGAAUAUUGACGAUGUGGUGUUGUUGAUCUCACAUAUUCUGGGUACAUGUGAAUGCCUUGCAGCAGAAGAAUAAAUAAAACUUCAUUUGUUUUUUCUUUGGUUCUGAAAUUAUUACUUGAGGAAAUGUUUAAUAAGAUAUUUUCUGAAUGUCCUCGACACGUUUGAGUCGGAUCGAGAGGCGCGGGUGUGAACCUUUGGUAAUGUGCUCAACGGGAAUCUGUUUGCUCCUAUUAACCGUGUAAACACUCGAAUCUGAUCGUUUCUCUCUGGUUGGAAUAAACUGGUUCUAUCUCAAACU